CGGCAUAUGGAGGUUCCCAGGCCAGGGGUCUAAUCAGAGAUGUAGCCACCGGCCUAUACCACAGCCACAGCAACGCAGGAUCUGAGCCAUGUCUGCAAACUACACCACAGCUUAUGGCAACAUCGGAUCCUUAACCCACUGAGCAAGGCCAGGGAUCAAACCCACAACCUCAUGGUUCCUAGUUCGAUUCGUUAACCACUGUGCCAUAACGGGAACUCCUGGAAGGGCAUUAUUAAAGGCAGCUGUAUAAAAGUUACUUGUGUGUUUAUGAAGAAUGGUAGUAAGAACAUCAUUCUGUAUCAUUUGAUAUUGCUGUAUAAUGCUUUUAGACUUUUGUUCUAGAAUAGUUAUUUAAGGCAUAGUUAUCUAAGGAAUUUUUCAGUUUUCCUUUUUGCAUGGCCUCAAGGAAGCCCUCAUUAACUGUACAGUUGGCACACAUAGCUGAGCUCAGCUGAAACUUUAGGCAAGAUUGUGCUAAGUGAUCAGAAGGGAAAUAGCCAAAGGAUAAUAAACAUCUAUCUGGUAAGAGAUCGCAAACUCAGAUGUCCACAGUGUCCAGGUGGUUCAAAGAGACGACAUGGGUAGGCUUAAAAUAGUCAGUGUAAACUUUUUGUAUUGAGUUCAAGCAUAACAUAGCUCCAUGGUUACAUUGCCCUUUAGAACCCUAGGCUGGCCAAAUAAAACAGCCAAGUAGCGUGUGUUGGAAACAGGUUGCCUAUUGUCAGACCUUGGAGUCUUACUGGCUUUAAGCGCCUCAGUGUAGGGUCCCUACACGGGUUGGUUCUUUGCCUAAACCCAGCUUGCCCUCCUCCAUCGAACAGGACCUCCCCCUCCCACUUGGUUGUAAUUCAAGUGUUCUCUUUCCUGCCAAAGUCUCGCCUCCUGAAUUUCUGUUUACUGCUGAUGCCCUGCUUCUUCUGAGGAUGUCAAUACUGGGAAUGUUUGCCACUUGCGGGGGAGACCUUGACUCUGACCCAGGAGUGCAGCCAGGAGGAGCCUGACCACUCUGCCUCUUAUGGCCACAAUGCUGACCGCCCGCCUCUCCAGACCCCUGUCGCAGCUCCCAAGGAAAACCCUGAAUUUCUCUGAGAGAGAAAAUGGAGCAAGAGGCUCGCUGCUGUUUUACUCUCCCUCCUUUGUCCCUGGCAGCCGUCGGACUUAUGCUGAUUCGGUGAACCCGGUUGGCAGCAAAGCUGUCCUGGUCACAGGCUGUGACUCUGGAUUUGGGUUCUCACUGGCCAAGCAUCUGCAUUCAAAAGGCUUCCUUGUAUUUGCUGGCUGCUUGAUGAAGGACAAAGGGCAUGACGGGGUCAAGGAACUGGACAGCUUGAAGAGUGAUCGAUUAAGAACCGUCCAGCUCAAUGUCUGCAAAAGUGAAGAAGUAGAGAAAGUGGUGGAGACCAUCCGCUCGAGCUUGCAGGACCCUGAGAAAGGCUUGUGGGGCCUGGUUAACAAUGCAGGCAUCUCAACGUUCGGGGACGUGGAAUUCACCAGCAUGGAGACCUACAAGGAGGUGGCAGAAGUGAACCUCUGGGGCACGGUGCGGGUGACAAAAUCCUUUCUCCCUCUCAUCCGGAGGGCCAAAGGCCGCGUGGUCAACAUCAGCAGCAUAAUGGGCCGCUUGGCCAAUGUGAGCCGCUCCCCCUACUGCAUCACCAAGUUCGGGGUGGAGGCUUUCUCUGACUGCCUGCGCUACGAGAUGCACCCUCUGGGAGUGAAGGUCAGCGUGGUGGAGCCCGGCAACUUCAUCGUCGCCACCAGCCUCUACAGCCCUGAGCGCAUCCGGGCCAUCGCCACUAAGAUGUGGGAGCAGGUGCCCGAGGCGGUGCGUCAAGACUACGGCAGGAAGUACUUUGAUGAGAUGGUCGCCAGGAUGGAGAACUUCUGCAACAGCGGCUCCACGGACACGUCUCCCGUCAUCAAUGCUGUCACCCACGCCCUGACCUCCACCACCCCCUACACUCGCUACCACCCCAUGGACUACUACUGGUGGGUGCGAAUGCAGAUCAUGACCCACUUGCCUGGAGCCAUCUCCGACAGGAUCUACAUACACUGAGGAGUGUCACACUGGCCUCUGCUGGGGAGCCCUGGGUGCGGGGAGAGGAAGAAGGGAGGGAGGGGGAGGAGCUUAUGUCCUCACCUCUUGGUUACCCAUUUGUGGAUUAUCCCCAUCCCAGGAGGACCUAUGGCCAGUUUGACCAUUAACCCAAGCUGGUCACCUAGCCCAACUCAUGUGCCCAGUAAGUUGGCUGGACCUUCUCGAUCGGGGUGCAGAGUGGUGGGCAGGACCCUCAAACCUCAGGGCAAACAUGGUGCAUCUGUCAGAAAUUUCUGAGGUUGAUUUUAUACAAAGAUUUUUUGUGAGAUGUCGUUAAAUUAACAACAGAUUUAUUGUAAACUAGAAGCCAAAUCCUUUACUUUUUUUUUUUUUUUUUUUUUUUUUUUUUUUGUCUUUUUGCCUUUUCUAGGGCUGCUUCCCGUGGCAUAUGGAGGUUCCCAGGCUAGGGGUCUAAUCGGAGCUGUAGCCCCCGGCCUACACCACAGCCACAGCAACUCGGGAUCCUAGCCACGUCUGCAACCUACACCACAGCUCACGGCAACGCCAGAUCCUUAACCCACUGAGCAAGGCCAGGGACUGAACCCGCAACCUCAUGGUUCCUAGUCAGAUUCGUUAACCACUGCGCCACGACGGGAACUCCCCAAAUCCUUUACAUUUUUAAGACAGAACAUCAGUUCAAAAAAUUUGUCUCACUUGAUCCUUAAACCAGCCUCAUGAGUAAAAAUGACAAAAAAAAUUUUUUUUCUUUUGUACAUGAUGAAGUUUUGGCCCACAGAGGAUACAUGAAUUACCCUUUCGUUGCUUUAUAGGUCGGUUUUUUUAUACUGCUUUAUAUAAAAUAUAAAGGUCCAAAUUGUGUAUUCCUGCCUCUUCUUAGGAAGGCUCCACGAAUUUUUUUUUCUUUUUAGGGCUGUAGCUGUAGCACAUGGAAGUUCCCAGGCGAGGGGUCAAAUUGGAGCUGCAGCUGCCAGCCACAGCCACACCCGAUUCAAGCUGCGUCUGUGACCUACACCACAGCUUGCAGAAGCUGGGGAUCCUUAACUCCCUGGGCGAGGUCAGGGAUUGAACCUGCAUCCUCACAGAGACAACAUCAGGUCCUUAACCUGCUGAGCCACAAUGGGAACUCCAAAAGGCUUCACAUUUUAUGUCGCAGGGCUGCUCUGGGCCCAGUUAUCCAAGGAUCCUCUGAUGAGCUCUGUAGCCUCACAUGAGCCGUACAUACCAUCAUGUGCCCGCCCUGCAUCUCUUUGCAUGUCUGUGGUGCUGCUGGGUGCAGCCUGCAGCCAGUGAUUCAGAGCUGACUGUGAGGAGGGGGUGGUGACAUUCUGGAGAUCUCCAUUUGAGAUUUCUCCAGCCUGUCUUAGGACACACUUGUGUGGAGCAGCUCAUUGACUAAGAGGUGAUUUGUUUCUGGUUUGUGUCUGCUUGAUUCUACCUGGCGUGGGACCCAUGUUGAAGGGGCAUCCUUGAUAGAAGCCGUGAUACAUAGGAUGGGCACUGUGGCAUCUUCUCCCCCAGGGGCGGGUCCAGGUACCCCAUCUGUCUGUCUCUCUCUCUCUCUCUCUCUCACACACACACACACACACACACACCUGUUCUGUGACUCUCAGGGUGGCCUUAUUGAUAGCUCACCUUCCUAUUAUGGCCUUAAUUUUAAUAAAACCAGGGCACUAA